AUGCCCGGAAUUCUUGAUUGUCCACCUGAGAUUCUCGAACUCAUAAUAGACGAGCUGGCAUUUAGCCCCGCACUUGCUAGCGAGCUUGUCGAUUCAGUACAUCAACGUUUAUCUCGAAGGAUAUUCUCACUCGGACAGACAUGUCAAUUUUUCUACCAAUUCAUUCUACCACGGCUCUAUUCGAAUUGCUUUCUUGAAUUCCACGCAUUCUUUUAUCAUUUUGCUGAAUCGCCACAAUACCGCUUGUACGAUUCAUCCGCUGUGGGUACAGUACAGAAGUACAAUGGCUUUCUCAAACACGGAUCUCUGGUCAAAGAUCUCAAUAUCAGAUUUGACGAGCUUGCAGACUGGCCACAUCCCGCUCAGGAAUGGAAGGCGGUUAAAUGGUCUGAAUUUCAAGAAGUGUCACAGCCGGCUCCAAACAUCCUCGAGAAACUGCUCCCGAGGUUCGAUCGUCUUAACAGAGUGGAGUUUCAACGGGACACAAGGACUCUAGGCUCUCUAGGUGACGUCGUAAGAGGGUUAGGUUUAGUGUUAUCCCGAGUAACGUCCUUGACAGCAUUAGAUCUAUCCAUCCAGUACAAUACCGAAGACAAAAGCGACUGGGCCAAGAACGCAGUUGAGAUUGAAUACUCCAGUUUUGCUGCACGAUUACGAGACCUAAGUAUCUCGGUUGAACCGAAAUCAAGGGAGUUAGAUUGGAACGAGGAACCAACAGAUCAUGACCUGUUAGAUUGUUUUUGGUUUAUGGACGUCCUUAUCCAGUUACUCAGUAUACCUUCACAGACCGUCAAGACUUUGAACUUUGAGUUCAUCCUCGAGCAAUUUGGAGGAUGUCCACUAGGCCGUCGAUGGUUGAAGAAUAGGGAAAAUGGGCCACCUACCAAAAUCGUUAAAAAUCGCUUGGAACUCCCUCUCGUCAGCAAAUUAUAUCUUACUCUUGGAAACGGAUGUCAAUUCGCCUACGAGCAUUGCUUCAAAAUCACUCAUAGAGAGGUCAAGGACUUGAGUUUGCAAUUGAUUACCCUCCCCGGGGGCGAAUGGUUAAAGGAAAUAUCCUUCAUCAAAAGUUUUCCGAAACUUAUAGCCAUCACUUUAUAUCAUCCACGUGAUAUAGAGCUAGUAGAAGCCGUCGUUGCUUCUUUGCAAUCGGAUUUUAUCCAUUUAAAGGAACUUAGAGUCGUUUUAUUUACGCCUUCUUCCUAUGUCAGGGCCAUAAUCGACAAAUUUGGGAAGGGCUCCCGGAUUCAAGUUGAGAAAUUUGAUUCUCGCCAUAGCUCUGCGACUGUCCGGUUACACUUUUAA